AUGCGUGUACAGAAGGAAUAUGGAGAAAAUUUUUACCAUUGGUGCGGCAACAAGUCCCGUCUUCAGAUUUUCGAUAGAUGUGUUCUGGUUUCUUUACAGCGCUGUAUCGUGUACAACGUUGUGCUAUUUGUAUUUGCGAACGGUGUAGAACGCCGUACGGUUGAAAGCAACAAGGUGAACAAGGUGCUUGCGAUUCUACUGGUCCAGGGAUCAGGGAAGAUGGUUUCGCUGGACAGCCACAGUUAUGUAUGCCUCUGUCCUCCAAUAUCUUAUCCGCUUUGUCCACCAUCGUCCUCGUCACAUUUGCUUGUCAAGGAUGUUUGUUCAAAGUAUUACCAAGAGAUCGGAGCAGAGAUGAUUAGCAACCAGCUGAUUAUUAGAUUGGAAAAGGAUAAAAACAAGUCGAAAAGGAAACGAAAAGAAUGGGAUCCACCUUGCGACUGCAUAGAAAUUCAAAGACCGACGAGCAAAACAGGUCCUAAAAUAAUAAACGCAGAGUAUGAUGACCGCAUUGUGUUUCGUGUACACUCGGCGUUGAAGGGAAAGGAAGAUCCUUAUAAAUCGCAAACUAUCGCUUAUAAAGUCGGAUCAUGCAGAGAUGGACAGGGUAACCAUCAAUGCAAGACCAUCACUGUAUAUCCUCAAUUUAGCUCCGGAACGCAAGAAGUGUACAGCGAUCAUAUAACGGAGGGGAAUGAAGAUAUUUUCUUGUUGAGAAUUAAGAAGAAAGCAGAAUACUCUGAGCAGAAAGAUAGAAACGUCGAAUUUGAACUCAGAACGCCUAAGCCGCCGCCAAUACCGCCGCCCGAACCUGUACCUGAAGUUACACCACCGCAAACCGUUGCUGAUGUAGAUGUAGAUGUUGAAGAGGAACCGGACGUGGUAGAGGAGAUCGCCAAGCAGCCAACACACGCGAAAGGAAAAAAUCACAAACGAAAGAAGAAAAGAAAAUAA